AUGAUCGCAUUCACAUGGCCAGACAUUCUAUCCUUGACAUAUAUUACCACAUUUUUCUGCCUUGUCGCCUAUCUACUUUCUCAUCGCCGUAGAUUUAUUGUUUCUGUAAGUUUAUAUGUUUGUCUAUCCGAUUAUCAUUAUUAUUUACGAAUAAAUGAAAUUCAGAUGGUCUAUCUUUAUGUGUUCAUUGUAUUCGUAUUAAGUUCAACACUUUUUGCGACUUAUCUGUAUUUGAGUCCCCCAGAACAGGCCUUAUCUCGAUCAUUCGUUCUUUCAUUUGGUGAUGUACGACAAUGGGUCAAUGCCGUGGUUUAUUCGGUACUUCUGCCACAACUUGGUCUUGGUGGUAUGGUAUUUAUUGGCAGUCAAAACAUCUUUUUCAAUGAUCUCGUCAUGUAA